CCGCUGUGAACAUGUGGGACAAAUGCCCAGGCAUGAGGUCAGAACAAGACUACAGGUUCCAUUCACAGAUGUAGACAUUACUCUUCUUUAGAGUUGCUCAUCUCUAAGGGACACUUUUGUGUCCAGUCACGCCUUUCUGUUUGCCAUGACGACCCUAUUUUACAGGCCUGGAGUGAUAAAUACUGGGUUUACAAGAGAGAGAAGAAGAGACGGAGAGAAGAGUUACUGUGUGUCACCUGCUAUUUCUCUAAUAAUCAGAUUCUCAUUUAAUGCGCUUGAUGAAUACACUUGAAAAUAUGGUAGAUUCAGCCAACCAGCUAAUACUCUCACAUAAGAACGAUCUGUUAGACGUCUUACAAGAAACCGCUGAGGAACUGAGAGUUUUACAAUCAGUAAAAGCAAGAGCAGAAACGAGACCUGAGCAAUCCUCUAAUGGCCGUAGACAUUCAGCUGGACUUCACACAAGACUUUUCCAGGUCGUCAGGACAUUUUGUGUGCUUCACACCCAGAGAGUGUGUGUGCUGAGAGAGGUUCUUUGCGGUACAGCAAACACACUCACACAGCGUAGGAUGUACUCUAAUUUGGCACACACACUCCCAGACACUGAGUCUCAAGAGACAACAGCUGAUGUAGAUGCUUUCUGUGGAUCGCACUUUUACCAAGACCGUGUGACUGAUGUCAUUCUUAAUGUUCUGGAAGAUAUCCACAUCAUUGUAAACCAGUUCAGUGAAAUGAGCAGGAGGCUCGACACUGGUAUUGCUUUUCUUACUGAAGUCAGUGGGGAGAGAAGUGAUCUUACCAGUACUGGAUCUCUGGAUACUGGAGACCACAUAAAACAAGAAUCAUGUGACAUCAGUAUUCCACUGGACCAGCAUCUUGAACAUGCACAGUCUACAGGACGUCCAAAUGGUCCAGUGAAGCACUGUACUCUGUAUAUGGAUGACAGAAAUACCAGGGAAGAGGAAGCAAGAGUAGACUCACUCUAUACAACCUUGGUGACUGACUCCAAGGAGUAUCUGAACGUGAAUAAUGAGGUGGAGGAAGAAAAAAAGGGAGAGGAAAUACAGAAAAGCAGAGGAGAAGAGGGUCAAAGAUUGAAGUUGGUAACUGUUGGACUUGCAGACAGAACCAGAACCUCAGAGUCUCCCAGAGUCUACAUAAUCGCCCCAUCAGAGGUUACAAACUCCUUGACUUGUGAGGUAGUUGAUGGUCUGAGUUCCCUCAUGGUGUCAGGAUCUGAGGAGCUGGUCAGCACAGUUCUUCGCAUACAAAACUCCAGCCAUGUGAAAUGUCCCUUUCCACUCACCUUUGCAGUGCCGUUCCAGGCGACUUGCCGGGGGAACUACAGAGAGAUCACCGUGAAAGUGGUGGAUCCAGAACAAAGAGUUAGCUAUGUCACUCCUACAUCUACUGAGGGUUUCUAUGGAGGACAAAGGGGUUCAUUUGCAGUGGUACGAGUGUACUCUUUGGGUGUGUUUGCAGUUCUGUCCCGUCUGAGGACAGAGAGCUUUACAGUCCCUAAGACAGGACUGUCUCUUAAACUCAGUGUGGAUUCCAGGAUAUGCCUUGACUACUUGCCUGGAUCCUUCGCCACACUAGUUCUUGCUCAAGUGACGGUACAGCCAGUGGAUGCCUUCCUUUUAUCCUCUCUGAAACCCAAAAAUGAUUCCCACCAUGCUGCUUACACCUCAACCCCCAUACUUUACCUGAGCCAUCCAUCAACUCUUAAACUCAGACGACCUAUGACACUUAUCCUGCCCUGUCCUCCUGUUUCUGACAAGAGGAGAGCUGGAGAAGACACUCUUAUAUCAGGCACUUUCUCACCCCAGCAGAUCAAGGUUGAUGGUGCUUCAGUAAAGACUCAUAAAGAGCAGCUUGCUCUGCUGGGCUGGACAGAGAACCGUUGGAAGGUUCUGGAUAAAGUCACGAUUAAGAACCUACAGAACAGCUUGGUCUGUUUUGAGCUAACAGAGAGCUAUGAAAGGUUAAUAGUCCUUCGCCUUCAGUCCUCUGUAAAAUCAUCCUACCUGAUUUCAUUAGUUGAAGAACUGGAAGAAGCUAUAAAGAGCUUCUCGGUGACUGUUGUGCUCCAUCAUGAGCGUCUGGACCCCAGCAGUGUGGUUGUGGCCACCCUGCCUAGCAGAGACGUUAGCCGGGCAUUGUGUGAACUCCAGGCCCUGGGUUACUGUGGCCCUCCAGAGCCCUCGUCUGAACUCUCCAUGAAGGAGGGAGAACAGUUGCUGCUCCGUUUCAGCGGGAAUAUAACUUGCAAUGGUUAUGAACAGACAGAUUCACACAUAGUCACAUUCCACAACCAAAGAAGGAAUCGGCUGUAUUUGAAAUUAAAAGAAUUGGACCCCUUCGGCAACUACAGUUCUCUUCACUACAAAGGUGUAAUCAGUUUAUUCAAGGUCGCCGAAGAUCAGCUGGUUUGGAAUGCUGCCAGGGCAGCCGUGUCUAAGGACUGUCCUCUGGAAGAGCCUGUCUGCCGGCUGCCGCUCACUCUGCCCAAGAGUCCAAGAACAGUCUUUCAACCUGUGAGUGUGAAGGUAAUACAGAACAGCCAAACAGAGCCUCUCUCAGAUGAGCUGUUAUCGUGGCUCUGUGAUGAGCUCACUGAGGAUGAGGCAGCACUUCUUGUUAUGUCUCUCCGUCUCCGUCGCUCCACUGUCCAGAUCGCUCGACUUCGUGCACCACACAGCCUUUCACAACAGGCCUUUCACAUUCUGACGGCGUGGAGGCGGGGCCUUCCUUCCUCAACUCUGAAAUGCCCCAUGCUGGCCCGCUUCUUGAUCCGUGCGGGAAGGUCUGACCUUGCCAGAGAGCUACUACUCAAGGACACUGCAGAUGACAAAAUGGAGGAGAGAAAAGCAGAAGAAACAUGAAAACCUGGCAACCCGCAGACAUGUGGCAGUAGUAGUUUUUUGACACUAAGAAAUUACAUAUUUGGUGAACUGUUUAUGAAUGUGUUGCCCACAGAAUAACAAAAUAACAAAUUAAAAAAAUUAAUUAAUUAAAUACCUUUUUUUCAGGCUUAAAUAGGGGGUCUGUGACCCAUAUAAAGGGUCUGUGGUGGUACUGUAGUGGGUUUGUCAAUUAUUGUUUAUUUAAAAAAUGAUUAAGUUCAAUUAAGCUCAGCUUAAUUGUUUCCACAUUAAAAUGUGAUCAAAAAUACAGUAAAGCUGUAAUAGUAUUAGUUUAAAAUAACUAGACUAUAUUUUAAAAUGUAAUUUAUUUUUGUGAUGACAAAGCUGAAUUUUCAGCAAUCAUUAUUUCAGUCAUUAGUGUCACAUGAUCCUCCGGAAAUCAUUUUAAUAUGCUGACUACAGUGCACAGUAUAUAUGAAAGCACUGAUGUUCAUUUACUGUAUUCAGAAACUGUGAAUAAAUUACUGAAAAAAUUACUGAAAAAUAAUAAUAAUAAUAAUAAUUGUAUCAUGGCUGUAAUAACAUCUUCAACAAACACUAAAUAGAUUACCUUAGAUAAAGUUUGAUUAAUGUGUACGUACAGUACCGGUCAAAAGUUUGGGCACAUUACAGUUUUUAAUGUUUUUGAAAGAAGUCUCUUAUGUUCAUCGAGCUAUACAUUUAUUUGAUCAAAAAUACAGAAAAAAAACCCCAGUAAUAUUGUGAAAUGGAAAAGAAAAAAAUAAUUAAAAGCGUUUAAUUAAAAUAAAAAUCUUUUGUAACAAUACCGUUCAUAAAUUUGCAAUUCAAUGGGUCAAUAUUCUUUUUAAAGUAAUUAAUAUUUUUUUUCACAUGGAUGUGUUAAAUUGAUGCUGAAACUCACAGAAAUAGAUAUUUUAAAGUAUGGUAAAAAAUAGAAAACCUUUAGGCAUAUUUAAAAGUUUUUAAGUUUCACUAUUUUAUAGUUCUUUCUGUAUUUCUGAUCAAAUAAAAGCAGACUUGAUGAGCAUAAGCGAAAACAUUAAAAAUAAUAAUAGUGUCCAAACUUUUGACUGUUACUAAGUAAAAAUAAAAUAUACAAAUUUAAAAUGAAAUGUAUAAAUAAAAAUGUUAGGAAUCGCAUUUGUUUCAAGUGCUUUUGAUUGGGGAGGGGCCUUUUGCCUGGCCUCCAACCCAGCCCUGCUUACAGCCACUUUCUAUUCUGUGAAAAUGACAGUCUUUAUCUGAGUAAAAACAUGAUGCACUGAUAAACUCACUGCGCUU